UCCACUUUAGAUUGUACGCGCUAUAAGACGCAGUUUAAAGCUGCAGUUUAUUCUCGUAAUGUUCGUAUUAUUGUGACUUUAUACGUCUAACAUGUAUGAGGAGUGUUGUUUGAAAGGAGUGACUGUUCAGAACUGUUCUAUUUGUAGAGUGUGCAUUGUAGCAAAUAUUGCAUUUCUGUGAUUGAAACACUCGACUUAAAACUGUGGUGAAGUAUUCUGCAUAGGGCACCCGUGUGUUUAUCACUGAGCCAUGGAGUCCACAGACGGGCAAAUGGAAGAGAUCAGGACUAACUUGCUCAAGGUUGGUCUUGAUGAUCUCCAAAGACCAUCUAAUUUGAAAUCGGUAAUCCAUAGAUUUGGAACAAAUAAAACAGAUGGAAAUUGUGGAACACUGCGUACAGAUUCAACAGAAGAAGAUAUUGAUCAGCCGGAUUAUGAGGUUGAAGGUCCAGAGGAGUUCGGUAUAUGUACAGAAUGUGUCAAAGCUGUACCUGUUUUCACAUUCAGUCAAAUUGCUGUCGGUGAUCAUAUUACAUUUUAUGGAAAAUUGUAUGAUCACCAUGCAAUUGUGACUCAAAAACUAGGUGAUAACCAGAUCAAAAUCAUCGAAGCCACGAAUACACCAGCCGGGGCAGUCUUUGGACUUAUGCUCUGGAAAAAAGCUUUCAUUGAGGAAACUGUGAAGACGCUUGAUUACGCAAACGAUAAAAUUAACGUUGUCGUUUACAAGAAUAGGGUGUUCACGAAGGCAAAUGUUGCAAGACGCGCGAGAGUGUAUUGUGAAGGGCAAAGGGAAAAUCGUGAUUUUAACUAUAAUGUUUUCCGUAAUAACUGCGAACAUUUUGCGACGUACUGCGUGACCGGAAAACCGUUCAGCAUACAAGUAGUAAAGUUUCAGAUGGUGGCCAAACUUUUUCUAGGAAGUGGCUUUCGUGGAAUAAGCGAUGAGAGAAUGCGCAACGCGAAGCUGUUCGAGAAUAACUCCAUAUGCAGUCGAUGUAACGAGAUGAACAAACGCCUUCUAAGCGUAAGCGUCAAACCGAUUUUAUCAGCAGAUGACGUUCAAGCUGGUGACGUCAUCCGAUACACUUACUAUAAUUUACUUCACGAGGGAGUCGUUUUGGAAACGAAGGGAGCUGAUAAAUCAUCAGUGAAUGUCAGCAUUGCGCAUUACGCUUUCCUUGGAUUUCUCUCACACAGAAAGAUAAUUGAAGAAGAAAAUACUAUACGGUUUGAUGGCAGUUACGCUGUUCUUCAAUACGGACCUCCGCAAUACGAAGUGUAUCCACCAGAAACGGUAGUCGAGCGAGCAAAGUCUCGCAUCAAUGAGCAGUGUUUCGUCUUCUUUUCAAAUGAUUCGAGUCAUUUCGCACGCUGGUGUAAGCUGCAGCCAGUCGCGUGUACAGUUAAAUGCCAUUAUGGAACAAUCCUUCGAUGAACAACAGGACUAAAAAAAAUCUCUAAGAAUACAUUGCGUUUUUCCAUCAAACUUGUACGGACAAAGUAUGUUCGGAGUCAUGUAACAAAUAAUUGACUGCAAUGAUGUAUUGAAUGUUAAAAAGUGUUGAUUAAGACUAAACUAGGGUUAAGCACGUGUUGCUCUUGUGCUGGACUUUAAUCAAAACUAGCAGUAUGAUGAACCUGUACUGUAUGUAUGUCAUGCCUAACAAACAUGUCCUCUGUGCUUUGUUUUUCUUUCUAAUCUGCAUUCGAUACAGGAUACAUGUACCUCCUUCCAGACAACGGGAGCAAUGAUUAAGGUUAACAUUGCACAAUAACCCAAGACUUUGAUGACGGUCAAUCGGCCAUUUACAAUUGUAUGCAAUCAUGUGCCAAUUUCACUGUACUAUAAUGUUGUGACUGCACGCGAUUUCUAUACGGGUUUAAUCGCCAAGUUCAUUUACACUUUGCUGUUUUCGAUAAAGUUAGCAAUAGCUACUACGUUUAUUUUUUUCUGAAAUUUAACACUUAAAUUAUAGGUUUCUAUACUUUUAGUGGUUUUUAAUAUUGAAAUAGAUUUAAAGAUAAAGAUUUAAGACUUUAUAUGAACUAAACAAUAUUAACCUGAACAAAAACCGCGUCGUUGAACGGAAUUUAUUACAUUUCUCAAUAGUAUUUAUGUACAUUAACCGAGUGGCAACCGUGCAUGUUUUAUUAUCCAUUGAAUGCAUAUUUGUAUGGGAUAACAUGUGAGAGUAUUUGUGUACAUUAACCGAGUGACAACCGUGCAUGUUUUAUUAUCCAUUGAAUGCAUAUUUGUAUGGGAUAGCAUGUGAGAGUAUUUGUGUACAUUAACCGAGUGACAACCGUGCAUGUUUUAUUAUCCAUUGAAUGCAUAUUUGUAUGGGAUAACAUGUGAGAGUAUUUAUGUACAUUAACCAAGAAACAACCGUGCAUGUUUUAUUAUCCAUUGAAUGCAUAUUUGUAUGGGAUAACAUGUGAAAGUAUUUGUGUACAUUAACCGAGUGACAACCGUGCAUGUUUUAUUAUCCAUUGAAUGCAUAUUUGUAUGGGAUAGCAUGUGAGAGCAUUUGUGUACAUUAACCAAGUGACAACCGUGCAUGUUUUAUUAUCCAUUGAAUGCAUAUUUGUAUGGGAUAACAUGUGAAAGUAUUUGUGUACAUUAACCGAGUGACAACCGUGCAUGUUUUAUUAUCCAUUGAAUGCAUAUUUGUAUGAUAUAGCAUGUGAGAGUAUUUAUGUACAUUAACCGAGAGACAACCGUGCAUGUUUUAUUAUCCAUUGAAUGUAUAUUUGUAUGGGAUAGCAUGUGAAAGUUAAAAACUGGCUUGAAAAGUUAUUGGGGAUUUAAAUGGAUGGUUGCUGUACACAUUUUAUUUCGAUACCGUUUUAAAGAUUUACAUUUAAUUUAUUUACAUUCUGUAUGUAGAGGCAGGAAAUAUUAAAAAUACUGAAAAUAUUAAAUUAAUCAAGUUGUUUUAAAAACAAUCAAGUUGUUUAAUUAUUCAAAAGAUUGCAAAAUAUUACCUUAACGUCCGAUAAGAGUUGCAAUAGAUAGAAAAUAGGAGAAUCAGCAAGCAGACACCUUUCAAAUGAUACCAAAAUUGUGUAGGUUCGGUCAACUGACAUCAAGAUAUAACGUUAUGUCUGUCAGAAAACUAGCUUAUGUGUGGGUCGAUUUCCUUAAGUUUAAGUUUGCAACAAUUGUAUUGUUGUUAAAGUUUGAGGUUGAAUAUUCAUAGACUAGUAAGAUUGCUUAACACUACAUGUUAGGAUGUAUAUACUUGUGUACUACGUUUUUGUGUGGCUACGUCAUUAGGGUAUGUGUACGUGUGUACUUACAUUUGUCGCCUACGUCAUCAGGGUAUGUGUACAUUGAACGAGUUUAAAACAACUUUUAUAAAAGCACGAAAAAGCGAUUCAUGCUAGUUUAAGUAAACAUUUAUACAAGUACAGAUGUAUAGUGGCAUUCUCAAACGAUUUGAAUUUCAAUUGCAACUUUAGCAUAUUCGUGUAGCUACAAGUAAUAAACAAGUACCCGUGUACGUCGUGUUUCGCAACUCUCUUUUAUUUCACAUUAACUUCAUCUCCACAGAACGUUUUACAUAUGUGUGGUUUUAUUAGCAUGAGAACAUUGCUACAUACAAAUAUAUAGUUUCAAUUGUAAUCACGAUUUGAUGCUGUUUUAAGCGUAUCUUUAAUCAGUUUCAAGCGUUAUCUUGUAAUGGUAAUACCUGCACCUUUAUAUCUUUUUAGUAUAAUGAUAAUACCUACACCUUUAUAUAUUUUUAGUAUAAUGAUAAUACCUACACCUUUAUAUCUUUUUAGUAUAAUGAUAAUACCUACACCUUUAUAUAUUUUUAGUAAAAUGAUAAUACCUACACCUUUAUAUCUUUUUAGUAUAAUGAUAAUACCUACACCUUUAUAUCUUUUUAUUAUAAUGAUAAUACCUACACCUUUAUAUAUUUUAGUAUAAUGAUAAUACCUACACCUUUAUAUAUUUUUAGUAUAAUGAUAAUACCUACACCUUUAUAUCUUUUUAGUAUAAUGAUUAUACCUACACCUUUAUAUAUAUUUAGUAUAAUGGUAAUACCUACACCUUUAUAUCUUUUUAGUAUAAUGAUAAUACCUACACCUUUAUAUCUUUUUAGUAUAAUGAUAAUACCUACACCUUUAUAUAUUUUUAGUAUAAUGGUAAUACCCACACCUUUAUAUCUUUUUAGUAUAAUGAUAAUACCUACACCUUUAUAUAUAUUUAGUAUAAUGGUAAUACCUACACCUUUUAACAAUUUUAACAUAAUGCAUACUUCUUUACAUACUUUACUGUAAUAGUCGUUUCAAUCGUUGUAACAAAUAAAUGUGUCCUCUAGACGUUUCCUACA